AAAAGCGUAAGUAAGUGUUGAAAAAGUUUCAGUUGCUGCUGUUCAUAAAAAUGAAAAUUUUGGCUUUACUUGCAAUUUUCUUCGUCUCCAUUCACGCUGAGAUGGCAAGAUUUGACAAUUAUCGUGUCUAUAGUGUUAAAAUAGAGAACACGGAACAAUAUGAUGCUAUGAAGUAUCUUGAGGAGCACAGUGAUUCGUACAAUUUCUGGAAGUACCCUAAAAUGAAUGCACAAAUAGACAUUGUUGUUCCACCUCACAAGUUUUCAGAAUUUGAGGAAAUAACUUUAAAUCUGAAAAUGCAAUCUGAAUUAAUAAUCGAGAAUUUACAAAGUGUUAUGGAUCAACAAAAGCCGAGAAAUAAACAACCAAAAGCAAUUGGAGAUAUAGACUGGGACGAUUACUACAGAUUAGAAGAUAUAUAUGCAUGGCUUGAUAACCUUGUAGAAAAAUAUCCAGGUAUCUUGAAGCUUGAAACUAUAGGAGCUUCAUCAGAAGGCAGACCAAUCAAAAUGAUAACCUUAUCAAAAAAGCCGGGUAAUAGAGCGAUAUUAAUUGAAGGAACUAUUCAUGCUCGUGAAUGGAUCUCAGCAGCAACUGCAACAUAUAUCCUAAACGAAUUACUGACAUCUACGGAUUCUAAUGUUACAGAUAUUGCUAAUAAUAUUGAUUGGCACAUUAUACCAGUAGUAAAUCCUGACGGUUAUGAAUACACAUGGACGACAAAUAGAAAUUGGAGAAAGACACGAUCAGCAGUCUCUAUGUUAUGUUUUGGCGUUGAUGGAAAUAGAAACUUUAAAUUUAACUGGCUUACAGCUGAUGAGACUGGUAAUAUAGGAGGAAGUCGGGUGCCCUGCACUGAUACCUACGCUGGUGCUUAUCCAUAUUCUGAGCCAGAGACUCAAGCUACUGAAUCUUUCUUUGAAGCAAAUGCAAAAAAAAUUGAUGCUUUUCUUGCCCUUCAUUCUUAUGGACAUCUCUUUUUACAUCCAUGGGGUCACACUAAUGUACCUCCAUCAGCAGUAGAAGAGCUUGGAAACGUAGGAAGAGCAGCUGCUGAAGCCAUAUCUCAAGUCAAUGGAACUCAAUAUAUCGUUGGAAGCAGCAAUCAAGUUCUUUAUGCAUCCACCGGUACAUCCAGAGACCAUACACACGGAGCUCAUGAAAUUCCGAUUUCGUUCACAGUUGAAAUGAGAGGCAAUGGUGAUUACGGAAAUUUCGGUUUCAUGCUUCCCGCAAGAUUCAUCAAACCAAACGUUGAAGAAGUUCUCGCAGGAUUCAUAGCUUUAAUCCACGAAGCUCGUAAUUAUGGACGCUUUCCAAUAAAUUAAACGAAAUGUAAACCAAGCAACAGUGGAUUUCUAACCCCAAUUCAAUAAAGAAGUUUCAUUUACAUGCUUUAUAGACUGUCUGCGAAUGUUUACACAAAUUUAU